UUGACCACAUUGCGAUAUCAUUUAUCUGCAGUGGACAUAUAACAAUUAAGAAAGAUAUUUCGCUUAGUCUUGUGCAUGCAAGGCUGUUUUUAUUAUUCUACGAUGAUCUUGACAAAUGCUCGUUUAACACUUACUGUGCUUGUGCUAGUGUUCGUUUGUUGCUAUUCCUUCGAUGUCCCUGAAGCGAAAUUUGAAAUCUUCAGGCCUAAAGGAUUCAAAGUAUCUAUCCCAGAUGUGGAUGGUAUCAAACUAUUUGCAUUCCAUGCCAAACUCAACGAAGAGAUGAAUGGCAGGGAAGAUGGAACAUUUUCAAAAGAUAUCACUAAAGCGAAAAAUGGGAGAUGGACAUUUUCCGAUCCUUAUGCUGUAUUGAACGUUGGGGACACUCUUUAUUAUUGGACCUAUGUUGAUUACUUCGAUGGACGAAACAAAUCAGGCUAUACAAAUGAUGAUCGAGAAUUCACAGUUACAGCUAAAGAUAUACAGAAACCAGGUACUUCAACUCGUAAACCACCUUUAGUCCCUACAAAAACUCCAGAUUUUAUUGUCCAUUCUUCAACAAUUGAUCCUAUUGAGAACUGCCAUGCAUCAAUAACAAAAUACAAUAAUGGAAUUAGGACUUGUAAAGGGCAACUCAUAUUCUCUGAAGAUUUUAAUGAAUUAGAUAGUUCCAAAUGGAGUCCAGAGGUUAAAUUUGCUGGAGAACCAGAUUAUGAAUUUGUCAUAUAUACAUCCAAGCCAGAAGUAUUGAAAGUUGCUGAUGGGCGUUUAUUAAUCAAACCUGUACUAUCUAGUUCUCUAUUUGGAAGAGACUUUGAAACCUCACCUGAUGUAUUCAAUUUAGGUUCAAGUUGCACUGGUAAACUUGGAACAUCAGAUUGUUAUCAAGCAUCUGAGUCUUAUUUAAUAAAACCACCUGUUGCUUCAGCCCAGAUAACUACUAAGUCAUCUUUUAAUUUUUUGUAUGGUAAAAUAGAAGUUAAAGCAAAAUUACCAAAAGGUGACUGGAUAUAUCCAGAGUUAUAUUUGAAUCCCAAAAAUGAAGAAUAUGGAGAAAAUUUCCAGUCAGGCCAAAUCCGAAUUGCUUUCUUGCCUGGAAAUUCAGAAUUUUCAAAAGUAGUUUAUGGAGGAUGCAUCUUGGGAACAUCUAACGGCGGUAGGACUUAUGGAAUGAAAACUAUUAGAAGAACAAAUAGUUGGUCUGAUGAUUUCUAUAGGUUUGGAGUAGAAUGGUCAAAUGAAAAAAUCACGUUGAGUGUCAACGACAAUAUCUAUGGCCAUAUUUCCCCUCCACAAGGUGGAUUUGCUUCUUUGGAGUCACAACUUGGUUUGGAAAAUUGUGACAGGUGGAGAAACUCUCAUUCAGGAAUGGCACCAUUUGACAAGGAGAUGUACAUUACAAUCGGAGUUGGAGUUGGCGGAUUUAGUUUUCCUGAUGGAGAUAAUAAACCAUGGUCAAAUAACAAUCCAAAAAUGCAGAAGAAAUUUUACAAGAAGAAAUCUCAGUGGCAUAGCACUUGGAAUGAUAAAAGUGUACUAGAAGUUGAACAUGUUAAAGUAUAUGCUCUUCUGCACCUCUUGACAAUGAAAUACUUGACAUGUAUUAUUAUCCUGUUUGAAUUUGUAAUUCCUAUUUUUGGUCAAUGUAGACCUUCAAGAACAAGAGUAAGUGGGUCUCACACCAAUGGACGUAGACUAUGUUCAGGAGAUCUUAUCCUGUCAGAGAACUUCAACAGUCUCAACCAGAAUCUAUGGAAUCAUGAAUUAACUGUUAAUGGCAAUGGUAAUGGCGAAUUUCAAGAAUAUGUAAACGAUAGAUCUGUUAGUUUCACAGAAAAUGGAAAUUUGGUAAUCCAGCCGAAAAUUGUUGGCGAUGUUCCUUUGAAGCACGGGUAUUUUAAUCCAGUUCAGAGUGCCCGCAUGACCACAGAGGGACGUUUCGCAUUUACAUUUGGAGUCCUGGAAACGAGAGCCAAAUUGCCAGCUGGAGAUUGGCUGUGGCCAGCAAUAUGGCUGCUUGCUCAAGGCCGGAACUACGGAGGUUAUCCCCACUCUGGUGAAAUAGACCUGAUGGAAAGCAGAGGUAAUAAGAAUCUUUGGGCAUGGGGAAAAAACAUCGGUCCCGAAGAAGUUGCCAGUACAGUGCAUUUCGGACAAAACUACGAUCUCACAGAUUUGGCAUCUCUAGCACAUAAUAAACCAGGAUUUGACAACGGUUUCCACACAUACAGGUUAACUUGGACACCUGACUUCAUAGCUUUCAGUGUUGAUGGCAGGGAAAUAGGCAGGGUAACACCACCUGCAGGCGGAUUCUAUGAAUUAGGCCAUCUUACAGGACAAAACCCAUUUUCUAGUGGUACAAAAAUGGCUCCCUUCGACAAAGAUUUCUAUAUACUGCUCAAUGUGGCUGUUGGUGGCACGGGUGGUUACUUCCCUGAAAAUUGUUACAAUCCUGGUGGUAAACCAUGGAAAAAUACAUCCAAGCAACCUGCUAGAGAUUUUUGGAAUCAAAACUGGCAAUGGAGACAGACCUGGAAUGAAGGAACUAGACAGAGCGCUCUACAAGUUGAUUAUGUUAAAGUUUGGGCGUUGUAACAUAAUUUAUGUAAAGUUGAUUGUUCUAAUAAAUUUGAAUGUGGGAUUCCAAUAA